GAUAUAUAUAUAGCCUUCACAAUUAUACAGCUAUGAUAUAUUAAAUUUUAAAUAUAUAAAUAUAUCAUAAAUACAUAGCACGUUUAUUAUCCACCGACUUCACUUUUAUCGGGGUGAAUAGAAUAUAUACAUAUACACACUACAUAUCAUGCCGCAACACUGGUCGGAGGAUGUGAUUCCGGGGUUCGAUGUGUGGGCCAUGUACUUCGGUGCCGGCAUGCUGGCUUUCAACUUCGUAUUGAUUAUGGCUGUGCUAUAUUCCACUUCGGGCGAUAGCAGUGAACCCGCCGUGAUUAUGAUUCCCACGCCAAACAAGGAGCCGCUGGGUGAAGAUGAAUCGAAGAUUAGGUCACAUACGUAUCAGAAUGUGACGCAAAGGCUGGGGAAAGGCUCGGAACAGGAGAAACAGGCACAAACAAAGGAGCAAUAGCGCCGUUUCGACAUGUACUCGUCCUUGUAAGGUACGAAUUUGAACUGAUGCUGUAUUCACAAACAAAGGUACUAUAACGAUAUAACAAUAAAACGGGGAGUAUACAUCAACUG